AUGCAGACUGCUUCUAUAAACAUUUGUGAAAGACUGUGCAAUAAGUCCAUCUGUGAAAUUUCCUGGCUACUAAAAUAUUCCACUAUCAACUGUUAGUGGUAUCACAAUGUGGAAGCAACUGGGAACAACAGAAACUCAGCCAGGAAGUGGUAGACCACGUAAAAUGAUAGAGCAGGGCCAGCACAUGCUGAAGCACACAGUGCUCAGAAGUUGCCAACUGUCUGCAGAGUCAAUAGCUAAAGACCUCCAAACUUCAUGUGGCCUUCAGAUUAGCACAACAGUGUGUAGAGAGCUUCAUGGAAUGGGUUUCUAUGGUCAAGAAGCUGCAUCCAAACCUUACAUCACCAAGUGCAAUGCAAACCGUUAGCUGCAGUGGUGUACAGCACACCGCCACUGGACUCUAG